AUGAUAGAAUCAGAGCCGAUUAGACCGUCGCUUGCGCCUAAAGGUGCUCGAGAUAAUAACAGUAAAGAAACGGAUAGCAAGGAGGAAAGCAGAACUACUAAGGCCUCCUUUAUCAAAUUUCCAGAUAACAAGAAUAAGGCAGCAGCUUCUGGCUUAAUGACGGUGGUGCAAGAACAAGCUGAUAGCUACAAAGUCAUCCAUAUAAUGCCACCUUCUGACAAUAACAAGGUUAAGGAAAGGGAACAGAACAGAGAGGCUUCUACUGGCGAUGAGAGAGAUGUUGUUGGAUCUACAAUCUCUGCCGGGGUUCAGAGACCGAUAUCUCGAAAGAGCAGCAGCCUGGGUAUCAGUAAUAUUGAUACUGAGGUUGAGAAUGGUGGCCGUAUAGAGGAAGUCAAGGCGCUUUCCAGUAGAGGAGCAAGUAACAGCGGGAUUACGGGAGGCGGUGCAUCUGCACUACUCGGCGUCCCCGGAGGUCUGGAUGGAUCUGGUGAAUUUUCCAUCGUUGGCGGUGUUAGUGAUGAAAGCGUGGUGGCAAAUGCAGUCUCUGCAGAUGUAAAUAACAGGCCUGCCGCACCCUCAGAAACAGGACAUCAGGUACAUGGAAAUACCGUGGAUAAUCCAGAUUCGUUUUUGAAUCAUCUUCGAAACAAGAAAUCAACGCUUGAUGCUGGAAUCAGCAGCAGUCAGAAGACAACCCCAAAUGGCUCUCAGGCGGAUAUUGCGAAACAGAAGAGAUCUAGCGCAGCCACACCCAGUAUUUUGAACUUAAGAGCUGCGAUUGGUCAGAGUGGAAACCUUAACACUGUCUCAUCAACAAAUACAGUUCAAAGUAAAGGUUCUACAAGGGCAGAAUUUUUUGCUGCCAAACUUCAUGAUGCAAUUAAGGACGAUCAGAAGAACAACUCAGACUCAGAGGAGACAUUUGUGUAUGAUACAGCACCGGAAAAUUCUCAAGAGCAAAAUCAAAUCAACAGGGACGUUACACUAGUGGCAGAACGAUCUUCCGCACAACAACAAAACGAUAAUCAGAUCGAUUUGCCACCUAGUUUAAACGAAGACGUGUAUAGCAAGUCUGAAAACAGCAGCCGUGAGAUGUCUCAUUCAAAACUACCUUCAUUAUUAGCACAACGAAAAUUGUCGGCAAAUGCUCUUGGAUGUACUGGCAACUUCAUCCAGGGAUCUAGCUCUGUAACUGCACAUACCACAGACGCCGAUGAUGCGCUGGAUGCCUACUCUCGAACAUCUGCAGCUUCCAGACUGCAUAGAAAGACAUCCAGAAUGGAUUCUCUCUCUGUGAUCGCAAACCAGCCUGAUGCCACUAACGCAGUUACCACCGGAGAACCUCCACACAACGAAUUGAGAGAGAUUACAUCUAGAAUAUUUGACUCCAAAGGUGUUCCCCCAAGGAAAUAUUCUGGUAUUGAUGUGGGGGAUUUCUCAUUUGACGAGGAUGAUGAGGAUGAACUUAAUGAGAUGUACGGUAACAGGCAGAACAAUGCUAAUAUGAACAACAACCAACUUGGAACGUUGGGAACGAUACCAUCCUCCAUGGACUACGAUUCAGAUCUUGACGACGAGUAUUCAUUAGCAGAUCCGGCUAAACCUUCUCAUGGCUAUGGUCAAUAUGGUACUUUCAACUCCUUGAAUAGGGUUUAUCCGAAUGUCGUGCCAACAUAUGAUAGCAAAGUUGAUGAACCUCAGGAUCCUCUUCUUUUGGAUUCAAACCACGAAUAUCUCCCCAAUAAACAGGGUGCCAGCAAAUUAUUACGGAAAAAGAAGAAGAACUUGUACUUCAAUCCCCAUGAUUUUACCAGCUCUCGUGCGAAGAGACUUAGACAGUUAAGGAACUUUUGUUACACAAUCGGACUCAUCUUUUUGCUUUUAUCAGUGGGAUUUAUUGGAGGAUUCAUUCUGGCAACGUCCAAAGAACUCCAAAGCACUAAGGUCACAUCAAUACGAGAUAUACUAAUAUCGGAUGAGGAGUUUGUGUUUAAUAUUGAAAUUGAGUCUUUCAAUCCUGGAGUUAUGCCUGUGUCGAUAUACGAUGUUCAGCUCGAUGUGUUUGCUAAGACACAGUAUGUCGUGGAUGCAUAUACAUAUACGGUAAAGGACGCUAAAAAGAACAAACCGAAAGAAAAGGAGAAACCUUACAGUACUAUUCUUCUUGGAUCCAUGAAAGAAUUGGACAUCCCAUUGCGUUUUCAAGGUGGAUGCUUUACCCGUCAGAAGGAUUCCAGUCUGACUGAGAUGAAAAUAAUGAACCCAUGCUCGUUUGACGAUGAUGAUAAAAAUGGUGAUGGAGAUAAUAUGCGCAUAAAUAAACCAGAGGAACCUCCGAGUGGUUCACCUCCAGAUAUCCGUGAACCAAGUAGGAAAUGGCUCAAUAUUUCAAGAAAUCCUUUCGAUCUUAUCGUCAGAGGAGUCUUGAAUUAUCAACUGCCCGUUUCUAGUUCCAAUAAAACCGUGGCAAUCAGCUAUUCCUAUUCUGUUGAGCCAGACAAGUUGAAGAUAUAG